AUGGAGGUGACUCCACAGCACUGGGAUAUCGGGAUGGAGAUGACUCCAUGGACUGGGAUCUCGGGGCUCUCCGGUUCCGCAGGGAGCGGCUCCAUCGAUGCCGAGGAGCUGCGGGUGGUGCUCCAGGGGUGUCUCCGGGAGAGCUCCCUGGCCCUUCCCGAGGAGCGCCUGGGGGCGCUGAGCCAGGCCCUGCUCCAGGCCCUGGACCGGGACGGCAGCGGCUCCAUCUCCUUCCCGGAGCUGCGGGAGCAGCUGGAGGCGUUCCCAGAGCUCCUGGAGAGCCUGAGCAGCAGCGCCUCGAGCUGGCUGAAGCCUCCCAGUGCCCGUCCCGCUGAGCACCGCCUGUGCUGCUUUUCCCGGGAAUGCCGCGGGGAUCCUGGGGCUGGCCCGUGCUGCUUUUCCCGGGAAUGCCGCGGGGAUCGCGGGACCGGCCCCUGCUGCUUUUCCCGGGAAUGCCGCGGGGAUCCCGGGGCCGGGCCGUGCUGCCUGCUCGCCUGGCUCGCCGCCUCGGCGCUGCUGCUGGCCCUGGGCGCGCUGUGGCACCGCGGGCGCGGCCCGGCGCUGGCGCUGGCCCGGGGCUGCGGGCAGAGCCUCAACCUCAACUGCGCCCUGCUGGCCGCCCUGAUGCUGCGGCGCUCCCUGACCUGGCUGCGCUCCACGCCGCUGGCGGAGCUGUUCCCGCUGGAGCGCCACGUGCGGGGCCACGAGCUGGUGGCGUUCCUGGUGCUGGCCCUGGCGACAGCGCACGCGGGGGCGCACCUGGCACACGCGGGGCUGUCCCGGCUGCUGGCGCGGGGCGGUGGCGGCGCGGCGGGCACGGCCCCGCACUCGGGGCUGGCGCUGCAGGCGCUGCUCCUGGCGAUGCUGCUCGGCUCCGGGCCCUGCGUGCGCCGCGGCGGCCACUUCCAGGUUUUUUACUGGAGCCACCUCUGCUACAUCCCCGUGUGGUUCCUGCUGCUCCUGCAUGCUCCCCACUUCUGGAAGUGGUUCCUGAUUCCCGGCUCCCUCUUUGUGCUGGAGAAGGUUCUGGGCUGGGCGUGGCGCCGGGCGGGGGAUCUGCACAUCCUGGAGGCCAAGCUGCUGCCCUCCAAGGUGACCCACCUGGUGAUCCAGAGGCCCAAAUCCUUCCGCUUCCAGCCGGGGGAUUACGUCUACCUGAACGUCCCGGCCAUCGCCGCCUACGAGUGGCAUCCCUUCUCCAUCAGCAGCGCCCCGGAGCAGCCAGAAACCCUCUGGCUGCACAUCCGGGCGCUGGGCCAAUGGACCAACAAGCUCUACGAGUACUUCCAGCAGCUGGAAUCGCGCGGCCCGGAGCCGAAUCCGCCCGGGAAGAGCCGCGGGGGGCGGAGGAGCCGGCACUGGGAACAGGUCGGGCUGUGGGACUGGGAUCAAAGGGAUGGUGCGGCUGGAUCUGGAGUGGAUCCCACGGGAUCAUCCCAGUUUGCAGCCAGGGAAUCCCUCGGGAUGGGCAUUCCCUGCUUGUCCGGCCUUGAAGGUCCAUGGAAUGGGAAUUUGUGUCCCGUGGAAUGGGAAUUUGUGUCCCAUGGAAUAGAAAUUUAUGUCCUACAGAAUGGGAUUUUAUGUCCUAUGGAAUGGGAAUUUGUGUCCCUCCAAAGGGUCACACAGUCUUGGCAGAGGGACACAAAAUCCCAUGCCGGAUCCGUGGCCUUGGGCAGGGACAGAGCCGUGGAGCUGACGGCGUUCCGAGCCUCCGGAGCCGCUCUCCCGGGAGAGGACCCGGAGCAGGGGUGGCUGGAAUUGCGUGUGCGGUCUGGUGGGAAAACCCCCAAAUCCAGGGAAUUUGGGGAGUGCUUGGAAUGGGGGAUGGUCUCUGCUCCCCUCUCCCCGCAGGGCUCUGCUCCCGGCGAGACCCAGCGGAGCUGCAGCGUCAAGUGCUUCUUGGACGGUCCCUACGGAACUCCGAGCCGGCGGAUCUUCACGUCGGAGCACGCCGUUCUCAUUGGAGCCGGCAUCGGGAUCACCCCCUUCGCCUCCAUCCUGCAGAGCAUCAUGUUCCGGUACCGGCGGCGGAGGCAGAGCUGCCCCAGCUGCCGCUUCUCCUGGAGCGAGGAGCGGCGCGAUGAGGAGAUGACGCUGCGGAAGGUGGAUUUCAUCUGGAUCACGCGGGAUCAGCAGCACCUGCAGUGGUUCCUCGGCCUCCUGGCCAAGCUGGAGGCGGAGCAGGCGGAGCUGGAGCCGGGAGGGAAGUUCCUGGAGCUGCACCUGUACAUGACCUCGGCGCUGGGCAAGGGGGACGUGAGGGCGCUGGGGCUGCAGCUGGCGCUGGAUCUGCUGGCGGCGCGGGAGGAGCGCGACUCCAUCACCGGGCUCCGCGCACGCACCCGGCCCGGCCGCCCCGACUGGGACAAGGUGUUCGGGAAGGUGGCGGCGGAGCGGCGCGGGAGGGUCCGGGUGUUCUUCUGCGGCUCCGCGGCGCUGGGCAGGGUCAUCCGCCGGCACUGCCGCAGCUUCGGCUUCGCCUUCUCCAAGGAAAACUUCUGACGGAGCUUCGGCUUCACCUUCUCCAAGGAAAAAUUCUGAUGGAGCUUCGAGUGCGGCUUUUCCAAGGAAAAAUUCUGACCGGAGCUUCGGCUUUGCCUUCUCCAAGGAAAACUUCUGACGGAACUCCGGCUUCAUCUUCUCCAAGGAAAGCUCCAGCUGGGAGCCCUCCCUGCCCUCCCGUGUCCGGCAGCCGCUCCCGGUGCAUCCCGGCUUGGAUCCGCCGGCUCUGGGGGGGUGGGAUGGGGCUGGGCCGUGGAGCUCCGGGAAAGCUUCUUUGGAUCUGAGGAAUAAAAGAGAUGGGAAUUCUCCUCUGGAUCUGAGGAAUAAAUCGGGAAAAGAUGGGAAAGUUCCUUUGGGAUCUGAGGAAGGAAUGAGGAAAGGAUGGGAAAGUUUUCUUGGAUCUGAGGAAUAAUUGAGGAAAAGAUGGGAAAGUUUCCUUGGAUCUGAGGAAUAAUUGAGGGAAAGAUGGGAAUGUUGUAGUUGAUGGAAGCAAUUCCAGCUCCAAGGAAAAACUGGGAUGGGAAUCGGUGUCUGAGAGGUGCUGUUCUCUCCAACCCGGAAUCUGCGCUGGAUUGGGAUUGGUUUUCCUGGUAAAUCGAGGGAAUCCGGGAAUCAGGAGCUGGCGAGGCCAUGGAUAACAAUUCCUCUUGGAAUUCCUGAUUUUCCAGCCUUUCCCAUGCCUGGGAUCCGCUCCGUAGCAACAGCUCCUCGUGGGCAAGGCGCAGCAUUCCCGGGAUCAGCGCUGGAUCGGGACUGAAUCCCGUUCAUCCAGCGCAGGGGGGGCUCUGCCGGGUUCAUCCCGAGCUGGGUGGUUUUUAGGGAUGAAGGAUUCGGAAUUUGUUUGGAAUCAUGGAAUUGUUUGUGCUGGGAAAGCCCUCGGGGAUCCUGGAAUGCCACCAUGCCGCUGUCCCCAGGUGCCACAUCCACAGGCUCCCGAUCGCUCCGGGAUGUGAUCCUGGCCCCGCCCGGCAGCUGCUCCAUGCCUGGAGCUUUUCCAGGUGGGAAUUUUCCAGGUGCGAAUUUUCCCAA